AUGGCUGCUAACGACAUUAUUCCUGCUGGCUUGCCCAAGCCAGGCCUAGCAACGGCAGCCCUGCAUGCCGACCACCCAGACCACACCAACGACGCCAACUAUGCUGUGGCUCCCUCCAUCUCCCUCUCCACUACUUUCAGGUCACCUCAUCCGAACUCAGCCCAUGCCAAACUCCUCGAAGACUUCGGCAAAGGCGAGGCGGAGUUCGACAUGCAAGACCCUGGUUUCCACAUCUACUCUCGUUACUCGCAAUCGACCAACAUUCGUUGUGAAAAGGUGCUGUCGCAGAUCAUGAAGGCUCAUGCGUUGACGUAUAGCUCUGGACUCUCUGCUGCACAUGCAGCUGUGACGCACUAUGCGCCUUCGGUGAUCGCGAUCAAGCGCGGAUAUCAUGGCGUGCACGUUUCAAUCCAGCUCUACUGCCGGGGACGCAAUGUGAAGAUGAUCGAUCUCGAUGAUGAUUAUGAGAAGGCGAUGGGAGGUGCUCCAGCUGCUGCGGGUGAAGUGGGCUCGGAAGGAGCUGUCAAGCGAGGAGGCUUGCUCGUAUGGGUCGAAACCCCACUCAACCCCUCAGGAGAGGCAAGAGACCUGGCAAAAUACGUCGGCAAAGCCAAAGCAAUCCCCAACGCCCACGUCGUAGUCGAUUCGACCUUCGCUCCACCUCCCCUGCAAGACCCCUUCGUUCAGGGAGCAGACAUGGUCAUGCAUUCUGGAACUAAGUAUUUCGGCGGACACUCCGAUCUUCUCUGCGGUAUCCUCGCCGUCAAAGACAAGAAAGAAUGGGACAGUCUCUGGGCUGACCGUACCUACUUUGGUGCCAACCUUGGCAGUAUGGAAGCCUAUCUCCUUCUCCGAUCACUACGCACACUCACCGUUCGAGUGCAGAAACAAUCGCAAACGGCAACUCAACUCGCUGCUUGGCUUCACUCUCUUACUUCCGCUUCCCUCUCGGAUCGCAUUGCUGGAGAAGAGGCACCUUUCGCAGCAGCCAAAGUCAUCGCUCGAACCUACCACUCCUCCCUGCAACCGCGAACUGACCUCGACGAGGUUGUCACAAAAGGCGCUACUCCUGAAGAUCCCACUUUCGACCCUUCAAGUCAAAUGCCUGGUGGUCACGCUCCAACUUUUGCCUUCCGAACUACCAAGGCUGAGUAUGCCACUUACAUUCCACACCUUACGAGCUACUUUACUCCAGCUACUUCGCUGGGCGGAGUGGAGAGCUUGCUCGAGCACAGAAUCAAGUCGGACCCGACUGAGGACGCAAGGAUUAUCAGGGUCUCGGUUGGUCUUGAAGAUUUUGAGGAUUUGAAAGCUGAUCUGACGGCCGCUUUCAAGGAGGUGCUCGAGAGGGAGAGCAAGGGGCAGUUGAAGUAG